AUGACAGAGUUUAGCAAUAUACCAGAAGCCUUGACAUUGCAAAUCCUAUUAAGACUGCCACCUAAAUCUCUAAUGCGAUUCAAGUGCGUUCAUAAUUCGUGGCAUACUUUGAUGAAGGAUUCCAACUUCAUGGCCAAUCAUUUUUCCACUUCCAUGCACAAUAAUGUUUGUAGUACUAUUGGUGUCCUUUAUAAACGUGAAAAUUUCAAGAGUUCUGACACUGGGGAGAAUGAAAGCGAAAGUCUUAUCUCAUUGAUUAAUAUCUGCAAACCUGAUGGUGAUGGUGGUGAUAUUCAUUGUCUUGUCGAGCAUGUUACGGAGGGCCAGCUUAGUGGGUUCAAGGCUCUAGAGUCUGCAUGGAUUAUAGGGCAUUGUCAUGGGAUUAUCUGUCUAAGAAAUGAUAAUAAAGUAAUUCUAUGGAACCCAGCAAUUAGGGAAGUCAAGGUCACUUCGCCAUAUGUUCCAGAUGAGAACUUAAGUGAUUUAGGAAUAGGCUAUGAUCCUAAAUCCAACACUUACAAAGUUGUUCACAUUUCUAAUGGUACUCGGGAACAAUAUGGUAAUGGACAUACCCUUUUCGAUCGACCGAAAGUAGAAGUAUUGUAA